AUGUUGUCGCGCAGUGUACUCCAAGCUGCUGCCCAGGCUUCUCGUCACCCGGGCGCAGCCCGCGCCGCGACCCUCGCCGCGACCGCCGGCAACGUUCAAGCUCAAGCUCCAUGCGCCAGCUCCACACUCCCCGUCCAGGGCCGCAGGUACAUCUCCAUGUACGGCUACACACAGGCCAAGGCCCUGGUGUAUUCGAAAUAUGGUGAGCCGAAGGAUGUUCUCAGUCUGCACAAGCACUCUAUCUCCGCCCCGCACGGCUCCCAGGUUAACCUGCGCCUCCUCACCGCGCCCAUGAACCCGGCCGACGUCAACCAGAUCCAGGGCGUGUACCCCAGCAAACCGCCCUUCCAGACCACGCUCGGCACGUCCGAGCCCGCCGCCGUCGCCGGCAACGAGGGCGCCUUCGAAGUCAUCUCCACCGGCUCGAACGUCAAGAAUCUGGCCAAGGGCGACUGGGUCAUCAUGAAGCGCACUGGUCUCGGCACCUGGCGUACGCACGCACAGCUCGACGAGUCGCAGCUCAUCCGCAUCGAGAACAAGGAUGGACUGUCGCCGCUGCAGGUCGGUACCGUGAGCGUUAACCCCGUCACGGCGUACCGCAUGAUCCGUGAUUACUGCGAUUGGGACUGGAUGCGUGCAGGCGAGGAGUGGCUUAUUCAGAAUGGUGCGAAUAGCGGUGUUGGUCGUGCUGCUAUUCAGCUUGGGAGGGAGUGGGGUAUUAAAACGCUUAAUGUUAUCCGUGAGCGAAAGACGCCCGAGGAGACGGAGGCGCUGAAGCAGGAGCUGAAGGAGCUUGGUGCGACGGCUGUUGUUACUGAGGAGGAGAUGCUGACGGGGAACUUCCGGGAUAUAGUCCAUGAGAUCACCCGCCAGGGCCGUGAACCUAUUCGUUUGGCGCUGAACUGUGUCGGCGGGAAAAAUGCCACGGCUCUGGCAAAGACUCUGGCGCCGGAUUCGCAUAUGGUUACCUAUGGUGCUAUGUCAAAGCAACCUGUGGCUCUGCCCUCGGGCCUGCUGAUCUUCAAGAACCUUUCGUUUGACGGGUUCUGGGUCAGCAGGUGGGGUGAUAAGAACCCGGAGCUCAAGGAGAACACGAUCAGGGAUGUCCUGCAGCUGACUCGUUCCGGUCGGUUCAAGGAUAUUCCCGUCGACAAGGUCGAGUGGAAGUGGGACGCCGAGGGCCCGCAGCUGGCGGAGAGAGUCCAGGGCACUCUGGGCGGUUACCGCAGUGGAAAGGGCGUGUUUACUUUCACCGGUGGCGACGAGUAA